AUGGAGCAUUUGAGCGUUCAUCUCCCUUACGAGGCAAAACUAGGUGGUCCAGUCCAAUUUCGAUGGAUGUAUGCGUUUGAACGAUAUAUGUAUCAUUUGAAGAAGAAGAUGAUGCGUCAGUUACAUGCAGUGUAUGGAGAAUGGUUGUUGAAAGAUGGAUGUUGGAAUUUUGUGGUUGAUCAUUUCAAAGGAGCGAGAAUGUUAUUUUUGAAUGAAAGUUCGACACAUGCUGAUCUUGUUGCAAUGGCUCAAGAAGAUUAUAACCUGGACAUGAACACAGAGUCUGUGGAGCUAACCUACUCAUUACAACAGAUGGCUCCAGACCUUCCUCCUAUUCAUGUUACAAGUGAUAGACAAGUUCGGAACUUGCUCGAGAUAACUAAAACGCAUGAAGGGGAUGAAGCUGAGGAGGGGCAUGAAGCUGAAGAGGGGGAUGAAGCUGAGGAUCAUGAUGGGGAGGAGGAUGCUGACAUCCCUGUUGUUGCUGAUGCUGAGGAUUAUAGUGAGUAUGGAAAGGUUAAAGAUGAGGAUGAGGAAGAAGAUGAUGAAAUCUGUUUUGAUGAUUACAAAGGGGCAUAUGGUUGUGAAGGAGAAGGAUCAUCUGCAGACAGAAUCUAUGUCAACCAGAGUUUUGCUAGUAAGGAUGCACUGCUUUCAGAGUUGCGGUUGACAGCGGUGAGGCGUAGGUUCUCCUUCAGAAUAUUCAAGUCAACGAAAACUCUGUUUGUGGCAACAUGUCGUGUUAGUGGUUGUCAAUGGAAGGUCCGAGCAAGUGUGAAACAUGGGACUAAAACGUUUUGGGUAACCAAGUAUUUGGCAACUCAUACAUGUUCCAUCCCAGACAGAAUCGCUCAGCGGAAACGUUGUACUCCGAAGUACAUUGGUCGACUUUUCAUAGAUCGAGUUGGAAUCAUUGAUGGGUUGAAUCCGCAGCAUAUCAAAGAUGCAAUGAAGAACAUGUUUGGCAUGACACUUGAUUACACCACUUCAUACAGAGCAUUGUUAUAUGCGCAAGAAAUGGUGAGAGGAUCAGCGGAAGACGGGUAUGAGCGACUGCCUUCAUAUUUGGAGCAAAUCAAGGCAGCAAAUCCGGGUUCUAUCACAGCUAUAGAACUUGAUUCUCUGAAUAGAUUUAAGUAUCUAUUUCUUGCUUUUGGAGCUUCAAUCAGAGGAUUUAAGUAUCAGAGAAGGGUCAUUGUGGUAGAUGGGACUCACCUAAGUGGGAAGUAUGGGGGUACUAUGUUGGUUGCAGCCGCACAAGACGGUAAUUUUCAGAUAUAUCCAUUGGCUUUUGGGAUCGUAGAUGGUGAGAAUGAUGAAUCUUGGGAAUGGUUUUUCACAAAAUUGGCGAGCUGUGUAUCUGAUGAGUAUCCUCUGGUGAUAGUCUCCGACAGGCACGCCUCCAUUAUAAAUGCGUGUGAAAAGGUGUUUCCUUGGGCAACCCGAGGAAUAUGUUAUUAUCACCUUCAAGAGAAUAUUGUCAAAAAGUAUAAAGGGAAGCAUCUCUUGUACUUGGUGAAAGGUGCUGCUUAUGCUCAUACACUUUACGAUUUUGAUCGGUACAUGGAUGAGAUACGGAGUGCAAAUCCGGAUCUUGCUGAGUAUCUGGAGGAAGCCGAUGUGACCCUAUGGUCUAGGGUUCAUUGUCAGGGAGACAGGUACAACUUAAAAACGAGCAAUAUCGCUGAAUCAAUUAACUCCGCACUGAAGCGAGCAAGAGGAUUUCCUAUUCAGUUCCUGCUGGAGUUCAUAAGGGAGAAGCUAGGAAGGUGGUACUGGAAAAGGAGAGGAGAUGCUUUGAGUCUUACAACUCAACAUAGUCGGGGUGUUGAACACUUGCUUGCUGUCCGAGAGGAGAACGCGUAUACUCUGAGAGUCCAACAAAUUGAUGGAUGGAAGUUCUUUGUGAAAGGUGGCAAUAGGGACUGUAAUGUUGAUCUGGAACUUCAAAAGUGUGAUUGUGGUGUCUAUCAAGUCGAGAAAAUACCUUGCUCUCAUGCUAUAGCAGCUGGAACAGCAGCUGGUGUGCAUAUCUCCACACUUGUGUGGCCGGUCUACUCAAAGGAUACUUUGUUUGCAGGAUACUCAGAGAAUAUAUAUCCUUGUGUUGGACAACUUGUUGAGGCACGCACAUGCUUUCCUCCGGAAGUAAAGCGUGGUCCGGGGAGACAGAAGAAAUCAAGAUGGCAAUCUUGGUUGGAGCUAUCCAGGAUGAGAGGACGCAAACCCCGGAAGCAACACAGGGUUUAUAGGUGCUCAGUCUGCAAAGAAACUGGCCAUAAGCGUCCACAAUGUAAGAACUGA